UUAUAACUGAUUCAUAUGCUUCACACCUCUUCUCUUCUCUUCUCUUCUUCACCUCCUCUCGCCGCCGCCGCCGCCGUCACCGCCGCCGUCCUCCGCUGUUCUUAACCUUCUCACCUUGAUCGCAUCCAUAUAUAUAUAUAUGAUGUUUAACGAGCUUUGCAUGAUUUUCUCUCUUUCUCAGAGGAAAUGUGGAUAGCAGCGUUACAUAUAUAUAACUGAAGCUCAUUUGGAAUAGAUUUCGAAGAAAAUGGAAUUAUCAAAUUUUUAGGAGAUGUUUGGGGCUAUGAUCGAUGCUAUUAAUGCAAAUUUUAUCUCAACUUCCAAUGGCUGCAGCAGUUCCGAGGUAAAUCAAAGCUGUCGAGACUAUUAUUAUUAUUAUUAUUAUAAGAACAAAUUGCAUUUGUAAGUUAGUUCCUAUUGAGGAAUUAUUAAUGGCGGAAAUGGAAGAAGAGCAGCCGAUAAUCGAUACAGAUAAGCUUACUUACGAGAUUUUCUCUAUCCUAGAGAGUAAGUUCCUAUUCGGAUAUGACGAUCGGAAGCUCUGGAUUCCGAAACAGAUCUCGUCACCGCCGCCGAACCAACCGAGGUCGGGACUAUCCACGCCUACCGCCGUAGAUAAUGGCGUCCAGUCUAUUAAGUAUCAGAGAGGGAAAAUCUGCAUUCUCAGCAUUGACGGAAGCGGAAUGCGGAGUAUCCUUCCCGGGAAAGCAUUAGGCUACCUUGAAAAUGUAUUAAGAACAAAAUCGGGUAAUCCGGACGCCAGAAUCGCCGAUUACAUCGACGUCGCGACUGGAGCUGGCGUAGGAGGGAUAUUCACGGCGAUGCUCUUUGGAACGAAGGACCGUCGCCGUCCGAUUUCCGAGGCCAGUGACACGUGGAAGUUCCUAGCGGCGCAGGGAAGGAAGUUCUAUACUUCUUCUUCUUCUUCGUCGUCGUCGACUGGUUCGAAGUCAGGCGGACGGAAAAGUGUUCGGCAACUAUUUAGCUGUGGUUUCGGGAACGGCGGUUCUUCAAGUGGGACGUCGGAGACUUUAGAGUUGGAGAAGACGAUGAAGGAAUUGUUUACAGAGAAUGGAAGGAACUUAACGCUGAAGGACACGUUGAAGCCAGUUCUGAUUCCCUGUUACGACCUCUCAAGUUCGGCGCCUUUCCUAUUCUCCCGAGCUGAUGCGCUGGAGACUGAUAGCUUCGAUUUCCCGCUGUGGGAGGUAUGCAGAGCGACCUCUGCUGAACCGGGAGUUUUUGAGCCGGUUUCAAUGAAGUCAAUAGACGGAAAGAAGAAGUGCCUGGCUGUAGACGGAAGACUGACUAUGAGCAACCCAACGGCGGCGGCGAUUACACACGUGCUGCACAACAAACAGGAAUUUCCCUUCGUACGAGGGGUGGAGGACAUUUUGGUCCUUUCAUUAGGAAGCGGUCAACUUCUGGAAGACAGCUAUACUUUGGAUCAGGUCAAAGAGUGGAAGGCCAAGGACUGGGCCCGACCAAUGGCUCGUAUCUCCAGCGAUGGGUCGGCUGACUUGGUCGACCAUGCGGUGGCCAUGGCUUUUGGGCAAAGCCGCUCCUCCGGUAACUAUGUCCGUGUUCAGGCAAAUGGGUCUAGUUUGGGGAGGUGUGGGGCGAACGUAGACACAGACGGUAGUUCAAGCAAUGUGAAGAUAUUAUCGGGAGUUGGAGAUGAAAUGUUGAAGCAGAAGAAUGUUGAAUCAGUGAUGUUUGGAGGGAAGAAGAUAAGUAUGGAAAGCAAUUCUGAGAAACUAGACCGGUUUGCUGAAGAACUUGUUCUGGAGCAUGAGAGGAGGAGUUGCAGAAUUGCUCCUACUGUUGUAUUCAAACAAGCUGCCCCCCAGCCCCACAACAUGUAAAAAAAGGGUCUGUAAGAAAAUAAGCAGGAAGAGAAGAAAGGAGGUGUUAAUAUUUAAAAAAAAAAAUGGAUUAUGAAGAAGAAGAAGAAGCAGCCUUUAAGUGAAGUAAGAAUCUUCUUUUUAAUUUUUAUUUGCCUUUCUUUUUCUUUUUCUUUUUCCUCUUUCAAGUUCCAACUCCAAUAUUUGAAUAAUGUAAACUGAUAGUAGUAGUAGACACGUAAAAGUUGAACUGUCUCUCCUGUUUUUAUUUUAUUUUAUUAUUAUAUGGGUUAGAU